GUGUGUCGGCCCUGAGCAGAUGCUUUGACUCCAGGCAAGUUUGCAGUUGGCCUUCAGGCUGGCACUCCCAACUUAACCCACGAAAUUAUUAUAAUUAUACUAAGAUCUUGAAGCCGCCAUCAUUGCCCCCAACCUCCCUUUUGUUUUUCCCAAUGCACCCCCGUCCCAAAGCAGCGGACGGCCGUCGCCUCAGGUGGUCACACGUGAUCCCAGCUUAAAGCCAUCAAGAGCAUCACUUCAUCUCGUGAACGGCAUCAGCUGAAGAAUCCCAAUCCAGGUGUCCGUAAUGUCAAAUUCCAUUGGAAGUUUAGCAGAAAUUACAGUUUAUGGAUCCCGAACUGGAAUGCAGGAGGACUCCCUAACCAUCUUGGAACGAAACAGAGAUUCCGGGGAGGAGUGGGAUCUGGUGGAGGCCAAGACAAGCAGCAUGCCGGGCCUCUACCUGCCCUGCUUUGACAUGCUGGCCAUGGAGGACGCCGCUUGGCUGGUCAAGGUGUCUGAGGCCUCCCCGAACGUGACUCGCAUGGAGCCGCACCGAGAGGAGCCGGAGCAGUGCCCUGUCAUCGAUAGCCAGGGUCAAGGACUCUCCCCGGGCAUGGACGGCCCUGAGGAGGAACGUUCUCUGGAGCAAGUGCAGAGUAUGGUGGUGGGCGAGGUGCUGAAGGACAUCGAAACGGCCUGCAAGCUGCUCAACAUCACGCCAGACCCGAUGGAGUGGAACGUGGGCAACGUUCAGAAGUGGCUGCUGUGGACGGAGCACCUGUACCGGCUCCCUCACGCAGGGAGGACCUUCCACGAGUUGACGGGGAAAGACCUGUGUGCCAUGAGCGAGGAGGACUUUCGCCAGCGCUCACCGCAGUGCGGGGACACGCUGCAUGCACACUUAGAUAUAUGGAAGUCAACUGCCUGGAUGAAAGAAAGGUGCACAAUUGGAGACAACAAAAGUCCAGGUGCUGAGGACCUUUGGUCUGAGGCCGAUUCUUCUUGUUCGGGUCAACCGAUCCACUUGUGGCAGUUCCUUCGAGAACUUCUGCUCAAACCUCACAACUACGGACGCUGCAUCCGCUGGCUCAACAAAGACAAAGGUAUCUUUAAGAUCGAAGAUUCAGCCCACGUGGCACGUCUGUGGGGUCUGAGGAAGAACCGGCCGGCCAUGAACUACGACAAGCUGAGCCGCUCCAUCCGCCAAUACUACAAGAAGGGUAUCAUCCGCAAGCCCGACGUCUCUCAGAGGCUCGUGUACCAGUUUGUGCACCCCGUGUGAUGAAAAAAAAAAAGCACAAAACUCUCCAUCCGCCCUGCGACCUCUGGGUGUGUGCUCAUGGUUUUCCACUCAGGCCUGGACCAAACAAUGAGGACUGUCUCAGACAACAACUGGGAGUUAAUAUUGUCGGAAGCACAUACUGCCUGUUUAUUUUUGCCUUUGUUUUUUACUGAGGGAUUUUGAGUUUGGGAGCACGUUGGAGAGUGAUUUGCACUUCUUCCUCACAGUUCAGAGGUUCUGGAUGCGAAUCUCAGCUUGUUAUGGGGAGCAUGCAUAUUCUCCCAGCACUUGCAUGGUUUUUCUUCCCAUCCCCCCAAAAAAUGUACAUGUCAGGUUCACGAAAGACUCAUAAUCAUCCACGCUGAAGGUGUGAAUGUAAAUGGUUGUUGUGUAUACACAGAAUAUGCUUUGCAAUUGGCUGGCGACCAGUGAAGGAUGCAUUUUGCAUCUCUCGCCCAACGUCAAAUGGUACAGGCCUGAGCUCAUCUGCUACCCCGAUCGAAAAUGAAUGAAUGUGUGGAUGGAGCAAAUUAAACUUUACACGAUGAAUAACAAAAACAAGGGGGGGGGGUCAUCGUGCAAGUCUACAAAGUAAAAAAAAAAUAUAUAUAUAUAUAAAAUGCUCACUGCGUUGGUGUCAAUAACAAAUAAUGACAUAUACAAUGCCAGAGACACAGCAAGUCAGGAAAGGUGAAAAGUAAGCUCAAGCCCAAUGUUUUGUUUGAGUUGUUGAUCAGUUGACUUGAUACACAAACAUCUGGUUCAUGAAUGUCGCCAUUUUAAAAGGAGUUUGAACAGUGGCGCUUCCAUUUUGGUUUGGCGUCAGAGCAAGGUUUCAUUUGUUUUAACAUUACUUUCAAUGUCGCGUGGCAGGUUGGAGGCGUUUAAUAUGGGACUCUAAGUACUCAUAGAAAACUUUAUUUUAUAAUCUCGUCAUUCCUAUGAUCUUACAAUGAAGCACAAAAUGGGGGUCACCUCAGUGAAAUCUCUGAGUGUCAUCACUAAUAAAGUUACUGCAGGUGA